AUACCUUUUACAAACAACGAAUAGAUGCUGUUUGUAAUUAUUUACUUAAACGAUUUGAAAAUGAACAAGAAUAUAUCGAAUAUCCUGAAGAUAUAGAAUUUUUAAAAAAAAUGUCUGAAGCUAUAGAGAAUCAACUUAAUUUUCCAUAUAUCUUUUUUGAUAAUGAUAAAAAGUUAUUACAACAUUCUUCAAUGAAUGUUUUUUGUCUUUCUUCUUCUUCACUACACGGAGAAUGUUUAAGAUCACCAUAUAAUUAUUUUAGAAUCAGAUUAUUUUUAUCAAAUAGUUCAAAAUUUAAAUAUUCAAAAUUCUUAAAUAGUAUUAAUAAUCUUUUCGAGGAAAAAUUAGAAAAAACUUUAUCAGAGUAUUUUAGUUUAUACCCAACUGAUUUCAUUCUUUCAAACGAUUUAUUAGCUAUUAUUUUAUUGGUCGAACCUUUUUACUUUUCUUUUUUUAGAAAAGAUGAAAUUGGUAGUAAUCCAAUUAAUAUUGAUUCAUUAAAAGAAUGUAAUACAUAUUCACAAUAUAAAAGAGUAAAGGGAAUUAAUGCUACUUCAUUGAUUAGUAUUCAAGAUAAUAUAUUAUAUAAUGAUUAUAUCAACAAAUUUAAUAAGAAACAAAAAGACGAAUAUUUACAAAAAAUCUUUUUUAAAUUAAAGGAUUGUGGUAUUUCGGAAUUUAUUAAACAUGAUGAUUUUUAUAAACGUUAUUCUAUUCUUUCUGAAGAGGAUAAAAAUCUUUACUAUUCUGUAUUUCAAAAUAAUUAUGACAAACUUUUAAUUUGA